AUGAAUUUAUUUCAUCUUAAUAAAAAAGAAAAAUACAGCAUAGAACAUUGUAUAGGAAAACAAAGAAAUAAUUUUUUAAUAUUAAAAGAAAAGAAUAAAAAAAUUGAAGAUAAAUUUGAUAAAAAUAAAACAAGGAAUUUUAAAAAAAAUAACAUAUAUAAUACAAAAAAUUUAAAUUAUCAUAAGUUUUUUUUUAAUUCUUCAAAAAUUGUUAGUGAAAUGAAUAAAAAUAAGGCAAAAAAAAAAAUUAGAGUGAUGGAUUUAAAGAACAAGAAAAAUCUUGACAACUGUUUAUAUAAAAAAAAAUUUGAAGACUCCAAAUUAACAGCAAAAAAGAAUAAUAAAAAUAGGAAAUAUAAAAGAUUAGAAAAAUCAGAUAAUUAUUUUACGUAUGAUUUAAAUUCAGAUUCAUGCGACACAUAUAAUAAAAGCAAAGUUAUAGAUAAUAAAAAUUAUAAAUUAAAAUAUAAAAAAUCUUUUGAAAAAAAUAAAUCAAAUAAUGAAUGUACCAGCAAUAAUAUUGUACCUAAUAAAUUAAAUUGCAAAAAUAUUGAAAAUGAAAAAUUAUCUAAUAAUUCAUAUUAUCAGGAUAUUGAAUUAAAAAAUAAAAAAAUCCAAAAUGUUAAUUUAUCUAAUAAUUUAAAUGAUGAAAAUAUAAAAUUAAAAGAUAAAAGUGAUCAAAAUGUUAACUUAUCUGAUACAAAUGUCAAUUAUGUAAAUAUAAAAAUUGAAGAAAUUGAAAAAAAUAUUAGUUUAUCUAAUAAAUUAAAUAAAAAUAUUGAAUUAAAAUAUGAACAAACUGAGAAUGAUGAUUCAUCUAACCACAUAGAUUACAAGAAUGUAGAAUUAAGACUUGAAAAUACAGAAAAUGAUAAUUUUCCCAAUAAUUUAAAUGAUAUACUAGAAAAAGAAAAUUAUGAAUUUUCAAAAUAUACUUAUGAUAAAUAUAAAAGUGAAAAAUAUUUAAAAAAAAACGAUAUAUUUAAUAAUGGAGAUGAAAAAAACAGAAUGCUUAAAAAUGAAUUAAAUGAAAAUGAAUAUAUUACUAAAAAUGAGGUAAAUAAAUGUGAAAAUUUGAGUUUUUAUAGUACACAAAAUGUAAAUGACAAUAAUAUUAGUAAUUUUAUUUUACAACACGAAAAAGUGUAUGAUUUUAAUAACGAUUUACAUAAAAGUAAUAAUAGUUUCGAUGUAAAUUCUAAUAUUAGUAAUAUUAAUUAUAAAAUGAAUGAUAUGAAUGAAGAAAAUCAUUUAAAUAACAUUAAUGAAAUUAAUAAUAUAAAUGAAUUAAAUAGUUCUAACGAAUUGAAUAAUUCAUAUAAAAUAAAUACUUAUAUAAUAGAUGACUUAAAAAAUGAUGGAGAAAUAAAUAAUUUUAGCAAUAAUAACAAAACAGAUCAUGUAAAUUAUAUAGAAAAACAUUUAAAAAAUGAAAAUUUAAAUAACUAUAUGAAUAAUGAUUUUUUUAAUCAAAAUGUGUUAUAUACAGAUAAUGAAGUUAAUGUAAAUACAAAGAAUGUAAACCAUAUAAGUAAUUACAAUAAGUAUAUUGACUAUACUAACAACCAAUAUUUUAGCAUAAUAGAAAAUAAAGUAAUUAAAGGGAACCUAUAUUAUGGAAAACAAAAUGAUUUGAAAAAUGAUUCUAUUAUAAUGGAAGAAGAAAAUGAUAAUAUGAUAUAUAAAGAUAAAUUUAUUCACAAAAAUGUUAAAGAAGAAAGUUUCACAAAGGAUAUGAAAAAUAUAAACAUGAAUUUAAAAACAUAUAAAUCAAAUGAUAAUGACAUUAAUAUGCUGGAAAAGUCAAAAAAUAUAAAUGAGCAAAAUGGAAAAAAUGUAUUUUUUUCUGCUUGUUAUAAUACUCUUAAUGAUGUGAAGAAUGAAAUAAAAGAUAAUAUUUAUUGUAAUAUAUAUGACGAAAAAACAUUAGGUAAUAUGAAAAGUGAAGUUAAAAGUAAUUAUGUGUAUCCAAUAAAUACACCAAACAGUGAAAAUUUAUGCGAAAUAAAUAGUUUUUCAAAGAAAAAUUAUAAUAUUUCUGUCGAUUUAAAUAAUUUAAAUUAUAUGAAAAAUAACUAUGUAGAAAAUACUUGUAAUAAUAGUUUAUAUGAACUUACAGAUUACUAUCAUAAUUUUAUACUUAAUGAAAAAGAUAAUAAAUUAAAUACUUAUAAUUCUACAAGUAAUUUAUAUACUAAAAAUGCUAAUAAUAGUGAUAACUUUAAAACGGAAAUAGAUUAUAAUGAGAAUAUAGAAAAACAGAAUAGCCAUAAUAAAAACGAAAAAUGUAUAAAAAUGUAUAAUAAUUUAUGUAAUGACAAUUUUAAUGAUGACUAUAAUAAUAACAAUUUAAAUUAUAUUAAUGAAAAUGAAAAUGAAAAUGAAAAUAACAAUUUUAAUACAGAUGAAUAUGAUACUGAAAUUGAAGAAAUGAAAUUAAAAAAAAAGGAAUUUAAAAGGAUGAUUCUAAAUAAUAAAUCUGAAUUUACAACAAUAAAUGAAAAUGAUGAAUUAUAUAAGACCGUUUUAUACUUUGAAAAAAAAAAUAAAAAAAUACUGAAAAUGAGAAGAUCAUUAAGAAGAAAAAGAAAACUGAAAAGAUUGAUAAGUAUAGAAAAGGAUAAUGAAUCACAAAAUAAAAAUAAUAAUGAUAUAACAUAUGGUCAAAACAUAGUGGCAAAAAAUGAGUGUAAAGAAACAUUAAAUGAUAAAAAUGAAAGUAUAAGAAGCAAAAAUUAUUUAGAAGAUACCAUGAUGAAACAAGAAAAUUUAAAUAAUAAUCUUAAUAGUAACAAUAGUAUUAAAAAUAAUAAGGAAAAUGAAAAAAAUUUCACUAUAUAUACUAAUCAAGAUAAUAAUUUUAUUAUGAACAAAAUAAAAAUAAAUGAAGAGAGCAUAAAUGAAAAAGAUAUUAGUAAUAAAGAAAAUUGCGAAAAUAGUAAUUUCAUAAAGUCUUCAAGUGAAAACACAGAAAAAAUUAAUGUAAAAUACAAAAUGGGAAACAAUUCAAAGAAAAAAUAUACUAACUAUGAACCUAAAAAAAAGACAGAAAGAAAAUAUAAAAAAUUAAAAAGUAAUGAAACUGUAAAUAAGUAUUAUAAUAAAUAUGGUAUUACAGAAAAAAAUAAAUUAAACAAUAAUACCAGUGCAGUGGAUAAAUUUUAUAAAAAUGAUAAUUCUCAUUCAAAUAUUCUAAUUAUAAGAAAGUAUGAAAAAGAUAAUUCGAAACAAGAAGAAAAUAAUUUUAAUACUGAAAAAUAUACAAGUUAUAAAGAAAAAAAUGAAUUUUCAUUUAAGCAAUUAAAUGAAGUGGAAAUUAGUAAUUUUGAUAUAAAAGAAGACAAAAAAAAUAUUUCUGUUACACCCCAUUGUAAUAAUGAGAUUGUAGAUCCUUUCAAUUCAUAUGAAGAAAAUUUAAAAGAUGAAUCAAAUGAUAAUUAUGAAGAAAAUAACGAAAUAACAAAUGAAAAUAAUAAUACUGAAAGAAUAAAAAUUUCUAAAAGAACAUUAAGAGAUAGAAAAGAAAAAAGUAAGAAAGAUGAUGAUUACAUUUAUGACGAUGAUAUAUUUAAUGAAAAAAUUAAAAAAAGAAGAAAUAAAUUUAAAAAUAAAAAUACAUUAAAGAAAAAUAGAAAGUUUUAUGAAAAUAAAAAAUAUGAUAUGGAUAUUUCAAAAUUAGAAAAUAUGUUAGAAAAUAAUGAUAAAGAUAAGAUAAAUGAACAAAAACAAUUUUUAACAGAUAAUCUUGAGUUAAUUAAUGAAUAUAUAAAACAAAAUAAAUUGGAUGUAAGUGUAAAUAAAGAAAAUUGUGAAGAGAAAGAAAAAGAUAAUUUAACAAAUGAGAAGAAUAAUGAUAUAUUAAUAAAUAAAGAUUUAAAAAGUAUAUUAAGUAGUAAUUUAUUAGAUUCAGAUAAUAAUGCAAACAUUUGCAAUGAAACAAAUAGCAAUAUAAUGAAUAUAAAAAAAGAUAGUAUAAUACAAAUUAUAAAUAGUAACUUAUUAGGUGUAAAAAGUAUUGAUUCACCAAGCCAGAGAAAUGAAAUAGACUUUAAAUCUAAGAGGAAACAAAAAAGAAGUGUAAAAAUAUAUAGAGUUCAUAAAAAUAGAACAGAAACUCCAUUAGAAAAAAAACUGAGAAUAAAAAUAUGUUUAGAAGAUUAUUAUAAAAGAAAUAAAGAAAUAUAUAAUAAUAUAGAUACAUUGUCAUUUAUAAAUGAUGUUAAUUUGCCAUCUAUUGAAGAUGAAAAUUUUAAUGAUAAUUUAACAAUUCUUCUAAAAAAAAAAAAAAAAAAUUUGAUAUGUUCAAAUUGCUUGUACGCUUAUAAAGUUCAAAUAAGUAAGAAAAAUGAUGAUACAGAAAAGAUCGAAACAGAAGAUAAUGUGAAAUGCAAUGAAAUAAAGGAGAAAAAAGGAGAAAAAAUAAAAGUAAUUAAAAAAAGAUGUAAUAAGAAGAAUAAAAAUAAAGGAGAGGAUAAUAAAGAUAUAAAUGAUAGCAAUAAUGAACUAGAAAAGGAUACUAAAUUAAAUGAGCAAAAUAAAAAUGAAAAAUAUAUGGAUAUGAAUUCAUACAAAGAUCAGUUAGAGAAAAAUAUUUUAGCAGAAAAUUAUUGUAAGAUAACAUUUUAUUGUUUAUGUGGUUAUUUUAAAUAUAUAAAAGAAGAUGAUGAAUGGAAACAAAUUAUAAACUGUUAUUAUGAUGAAAAGGAAGAAUUAAAGCCGAAAGCGCCAUACAUUUUUUGUAUCAAAUGUAAAGAAUUAUUAAUUACUAAUAGAUUUCUUGAUAAAGAUAAAACGAAAAUUAUUAUGAUAUGUGAAUGCGGAAGUAGAAAUUAUGAUAGAGUUAAUUUCUUUUGGGUUAGAAGAGGUAACAUUAAGCAAAGAAAGGCACCUCAAAUACUUUGUGAAGAAUGUCAAUCAAAAAUGUGGGUUCAUACUUGGCUAGAUGAUAUUGGAUCAAAAGUUAAAUUAUUAUGUAAAUGUGGUUUUAAAAAUUUCCUCAAAAAAAAUAAUAACUGGGUUAGAAGUCCAAGAUGGAAAAAACCUGUACCGUUAAUAAUUUGUAAUUCUUGCCAGCAGAAAAUGUAUAUGAGUCAGUGGUUAAAUAAUGAUGGAACAAAAGUUAAAAUGAAAUGUGAAUGUGGAUGGAAAACUUUAAUUAAAGAAGGAAAUACAUGGGUAAGAAGUGAAUGGUCAAAAAAGUUAUUAUGCCUUAGAUUAGUAAAAAAUCCACAUCUACUACAAAAGAAAUAUAAUAUUCACUCUAGAAGAAAAAAUAAAUCUGUUAAAAAUGAUUCAUCUGAUUUAAAUAACCAAUUUGCUGUUCUCAAAAAUGAAGCAUUAGCUUCAAUCAGCGAAUCAAACAAUAAUGAAGUAAAUGAAGAUGAAUUAGAUAAAACUUUGAGUAACUGUAUAAAAAAAGAUAAGAACUUAAAUAAUAAAAUAAAGAAAACGAAAUCAUUAAAAAAUGAUGCACUAAGUGAAGAAUUAUCAAUUCAGGAUGAAAAUUUCAUAAAUAACUGUAGUACAGUUGAUUUGGGAAAUUCAUCCAAUAUAGAUACUAAAGAAAAUGAAAAAAUUAAUCAAAGAACUUCCUAUGAUAAAACUAUGUUGAAUCAAAAGGAAAAAAUGUUUAGUACAAAUGAUACUAACAUAGGUAAUAUUCAGAAUUAUAUAAAUUUUAAACAGAAUGAUUAUAAUAAUCUAAGUAAAACUAACGAUUAUAAUAGUAAUUCAGAAAAAAAUGAAACAACUAUAAAUACAUACAAUAUUACGAAUAACCAAGAAAAAAAUAUUAAUACUAAUCAUAAUUGUGACACCAUCCAGUAUGAACAAGAAAAUAAUAAAACAGAUAUAGAAAACGACACUCCUUGGGAAGGAAGAAAUUUUGAAAUAAUUCCAAAUGAUAAUAAUGAAUUUCAAAAUGAAACAGCAUUUAAUGAAAAUAAGCAAAAGGAAAAUAAUGAUGUUUUUAAUGAAAAAUUAAAAAACUCAGAGAAUUAUGCAUGCUCAUUAAUGCGUGACGAAAAUAAUUCAAACAACAGGAGAUAUAAAUUACAUCAAACACAAAAUGGAUUAAAUAAUAUUAGUGAAAAUUCUGGUAUUGAAACUAUAAAUAAUAAUGACAACUUGAAUCAAAAUAAUGAGGAAUUAGCUAAAAAUUCUAUAAAUAGAAAUUCAACCUAUGAUUUUUAUAAUAUGAAAAAUAUGAAUAAUGAAGAUAAAGCAAAUAACGAUUUCAAUAAAUUGUACUUUGAGAAUUCUUAUUAUUAUGUUAAUAAUUAUUAUGAUCGUUAUGACAAAAAUUAUUACAACCAAAACGUUUCUUUUAAUGAAAAUAAUUACAACGAAAAUAAUGCAGUAAAUGGAAAUUUUUAUGAAAAUUUUAUACCUAAUAACCAUUUUCAUACUACGAAUAAUUAUGCAUUAAAUUGUAAUGCUAAUAUAUCGUUAGAUUCUUUUGAUGAUAAAAAAUAUGCUAAGAAUGAAAUGCUAUCACCACAUUUUUAUGAUAAAAAAAAAUUCCUACUGGAAAACAUUAAAAAGUUUGAUAAUAACAUAAAUGAAAUUGACGUAAAUUCUAUUUUAGAGAAUUUAGAUGAAAAAACGUUAAUUGAAACAUUUAUUGAAAAUUUAAUUGAUAAAAAUGAAAUUGAAAAAAAUAAAAUGAAUGAAAAUGAAUUCAAUUUAAAUGAAAUGUACCAAAAUGGAAUAUACCCAAAUAAGAUGUGUCAAAAUAAAAUGUAUCAAGAUAACAUGUGUCAAUUUGAAAUGUAUCAAAAUGAAAUUUAUCAAAAUGAAAUAUAUCAGAAUGGAAUUUAUCAAAAUGGACUUUAUCAGAAUGAGCUUUAUCAAAAUGAAUUUUAUCAAAACAUAAUUGGAAACACAUUUGAUAAAAAUGAAAUUAAUAAAAAUAAUAUGGAUAAAAAUGAUAUUGAUAAGAAUGAUAUUAAUAAAAAUGAUAUUGAUAAAAACGAAGUUAAUAAAAAUGAAAUGAAUCAUAAUGAAAUUAAUCAAAACUUAAUUGAAAACUUAAUAGAUAAAAGUGAAAUAAUUAAAAAUCAAAAUGAUGAACAUUUUAAUUCUGAGAAGAUAAAUAAAAAUGAUAAUGACAAAAGUUCUAUUAACAAAAAUUCAAUAGAUAAAAAUUCAGUUGAUGAAGAUAUGCUAAAAGAAAAUUUAAUGAAUGAUAUAAGUAACAGUGAGUAUUCAAAUAAUUACAAUUUUUCCAAUGAUCUAAAAGUAAAAGAAAAAUGUAAUAAUGAAAUGAAUAGAAAUGUUGAUGAACAUGUAAGCUUAAAAAAUGUUAAUAAUCAUGAAAUAAAUAGUAAUGAUAUAUGUAAUAAUAAUAUAGAAAAUACUGAUAUGAAAAAUUAUGAAAGUAAUUAUUAUCAAAAUGAUGAUAUUAAGAAAGAAAAGAAAAGUGCAAAUAUGUUAAAUAAUUGCAAUUUUCAUGAAGAAUCUCAAUAUUUUAAUAAUGAAUUUAAAAGUAUCAUUGAUCAUAUAUUUUCAGAUAAAUCUAUUGAAAAUGAUACUUUUAACGAUUAUGUUAAAAAUGUUGCAUAUAAUUUUUGUAAGAGUUUAAAUAAAAACGAUAAUAUACAAAAUAACAAGCAAGAAUGUUCUACCAAUACGUGUGAAGAGAGUAAAAAUUAUUUAAAAGAAAAUAAAAUAAAUGAAGAUAUAAAGAAUUAUAAAAACUUAUCAUUUGCAGUUAAUGAUCAUGAAAAUUCCUCUAUACCAAACAAUUUUUGUAAUGAAUUUAAUUUUUAUGAAAACAUUAUAAAUUUACAAAAAAUAAAUGUAGAAAUGAAAAAUGAACUAUCUUCAUAUAAAUCACAAAUAAAUGAUAUUACAUCAGAAAAAAAUGAUAUGAAUGAAAUGUUUGCAGAUUAUAAUUUUAAUUCAGAUAGCGAAGAAAAAAUAUGUGCUCAUGAGAGAAAGUAUAAAAUAAAUGAUUUUAUAACCAUAUGUAAAAAUUGUCAUGAAUAUAUAAAUCAUAUUGAUUAUAAAAUGUUAUCAUCUAAUAAUAUGGAAAUAGAUGCAGUUAGUAAAUUAAAUAUUGAUGAAGAAAAUUUAAUACAAAGUAAUGAUUUAAAGAACUAUGAUGAAACUAUUAGUGAAAAAAAAGAAAUAAAAAACUAUAAUGAAAAUACUUGUAAUUCUUUAAAAAUGGAAAAUAAUAUUUCUUUAAAUUACAUAGAAAAUCAAAAUGGAUGCAAUAAUAAUUAUUCAGGCAAUAACUCUAACCAAUGCUUUAAUAAUAACUUUCCAUCUAUUGAAAAUAUGGAAAAAAUAAAUCAAAUGUAUAAUCAAUAUUGCGAUUUUUAUAUGAAUAAUUCUGUUAUAGAUGAUAUGCAAAUUAAAAACAACCAUUUAAGUAACUUUUUUUUUCAAGAACAAAAUAACUACUCUUCUAAUAGUGAACACUUUACAAAUAACCAAACACCAAUAAAAAAUGAAAAUUUUUAUUUUAGUGAAGAUAACAAUUACUUAAGCGAUUCUACUAAUUAUAUCAAUACUAAAAAAUUUUCUAAUAAAGAAGUAUCUUUGAAAGAAGAUUCAUACAAAGAAAAUAAUUCUAAUGAUAAUAAUAAUUGCGAUGAUAAUUUUCAAGAAAACUACUCUAAUUACAUUAAUACUGAAUGUAAUAGCAAUUCAUGUUAUAAUAUAAUUCAUAUAUAA